AUGAACGAAUUCGAAUUCGAAAAUUCUACAACAAACGAUGAUCAAAGUUCAAUGAUCCGAUUAGUCUUUUCUUUGACCAGUAAUAACUGGUGGUUGAUAAGAAGGAGCGAGGAAAACGAUGAUGCCUGCUUCGUAUAUAAGGAUGACUCCACAAGACUAACGCAUACUUGCCGAGUCCGCGGUGGCCUAAUCAGACGUAUUGCUUUCCGAUCCUUCAGAACAGAGGUGCUGCCCGAGGCUACUGAACAAGCUUGUGCGAAAUGCACACCGGCCCAGAAACACAUGCUCAAGAGGUACUUGGAAGAAGUGAAGAAAACCUUCCCUGCAGACAUGGAUGUCCUAAAGCAAAAAUAUGACCCAGAAGGCAAACACAUUGAAGCACUACGCGCCGCACUUGCAAAUGCCUAA